AUGAGUCUGCCGUCCGAGCAACAUUCUAUGAGCCCACAAGAAAAUGUUGCUAAAGGAACUGAAGUGUUCGUUUGUGGGUUGCGUCAUUGCUAUUCAGAGGAUAAACUCCGCGAGUUAUUUUCUACUUGCGGAGAAAUUGUGGAAAUUCGUACAACAAGGUUCAAGAAAGGCAAUUUAAAGGGAUUCUGCUUUGUUAGGUUCACAACGAAAGAAUCUGCUGCCAGAGCUGUGAGGGAAUUAUCUGGCACUGUGAUGGAGGGGAAGAAGAUUGCUGUUCGUCUAUCAAGCGAGCAAGAUACUUUAUACCUUGGGAACCUCAACAAAGCAUGGAGUGCUGAAGAAUUUGAAAGAAUGGUACUCGAGGUUUUCCCCGGCAUUGAAACCAUUGAGCUUCCAAUGCUUAAAGGCACUCUACCAGGUCAAAAGCAAGUGAAUCGUGGUUUUGCAUUUGUGAAAUUUAUCUCCCAUCCUGCCGCCAGACGAGCUCAUCGGGUGUGUUCUCAGCCAGAUUUUCGUCUUGGGAAUUUGCACCCAGAUGUUCAGUGGGCAGAAAAAGAAAAUGAAAUCGACCCAAAUGAACAUGAUAAGAUAAAAGUAGCAUUUGUCCGAUACCUACCUGUUAAUGCAGAAGAGUACUAUUUGAAGCAACUGUUCGAGCCAUAUGGCAAGAUUGAGAAAGUAGCGGUGUUGAAAAACGGUAGCUCUGCGGUUGGGUUUGUUCAUUUUAUUGAGAGAUCGGAUCUUGAAAGAGCCAUCAAGGAACUGAAUGAGAAGACAGUUCAAGGACCUAGCGGAGGUCCAGUGUAUAAACUCCAGGUUGAAAUCGCAAGACCUAUGGACAAUAACAAGAAGCGAGGUCUUGAUAAUUCUGAAUCUAAUUUCGUUCAGGAUCAUCCUAAACAUUCAAAACCCGAUAUCCAUUGUUCUCUGGUCCAGAGGGAAAUUGAACCUGCUGACCCUUACGAGGAGGCCGUAAUAGCAUUGCCUUUACCUGUUAAAGAGCGUUUGCUUCGAAUCCUACGACUUGGAAUUGCAACUCGUUUUGAUAUUGAUGUCAGAAGUUUAUGCAGCCUUAGUGAAAUACCCGAGCCUAACGCCAUAUCUGUUCUUGACCAGUUCAUGUUAUCUGGAGCUUCUUUGCCGAAUAAGGGAGAAUAUUUAGACGGAUUGAUUUCUAAAUAUCUGGUCGAGAAAUCGAGAUCGAACCAGAGACUGGACAUUUUCUCGAGAGUUGCCGAAAAUACAAUAAGCGGGUCGAGUCUUUUCAGAAUCUCGCAUCAUGUGUCUCCACGCUCAACUGAAGCUAGGCCCGACAUUUAUGCCACGAGCUAUUCAUUGCCACACUCGGGCCUUCCUUUGCUAAACCAGGCUCCAACACGCCACGCGGACAAGCAAAGUUUCUCAAAUUACCCUUCACCGAGUCGAACACCAACCGGAAGAGAGUCAGAUCGAAGUCCACUCUCCAAAACACACACACAUUCACUCGAGGAAAGAAGCCUUUAUCCGUAUGAGUUGAGACAGGUCCCGAAAGAACCUGGUUUGAAUUUGGUUCGACCUCAGAUUAUGUUCGACCCUUUUACCGGCGAGCCAUACAAGUUUGAUCCUUUUACAGGGGAGCCCAUUCGCCCGGAGAAUACAGAAUCACGCCGAAUAUUCUAA